AUGUGGGCUGGAGUGUACAGCUCACACACACACACACACACACGCAAACCUCAACCAGAAAAGAAGUUAUUUGCUGAAACACGGUACUACACUCCGACCUACCCUGCCUACUCAGAUGUGGUCCAAUGUGGCGUGUCACUCGGAGUCCUCUGGGAGGGUCCAAUGACAACGGACUGCCUCGACUUUGACGACCUUAGAGGAGUGUGA